CGAAGAUUGUUUAACAGGUUUCCCAAAUUACAAGAUGUUCCCUGAAGACAAAUCAGGGUUGGAGCACUAUGGAUAUUUAGAGUCAAUGCAAGUUUUGGAAAGGGAAAAUAUGCCAAGAGCAAGUGAUCUACUUUUAUCAGUUUCAGUUUGUGCUGAAACAUACAAAACCAAAAUUGUUGAUCUUGCCUUAGCAUCAAGUGAAGAACUAAGACAAAUGGCUCAACAACAAGAACCAUUAUGGCUAUUUGACACAAAUAAGCAAACUGAGGUACUCAAUGAAGUUGAAUAUAAACGACGAUUCACUCAUCUUGAUCCAACUUUAGAGGAAAUUAUCAAAUUCAUUGCAAAUGGAGGACCUAUUGACAUGCCAAACUUUAAUGGAAAUGUCGAUAUUGAGAUGGGAAAUUCAUCGAUCCCCUCUGUUAUUGAAGCGUCUAGAGCUAUUGGGAUCGUACUUGUGGAUCCAAUCAAUCUCGUGCAUAUGCUGAUGGAUGUCGACAAAUGGUCAUAUGUGUUCUCCAACAUUGUUUCAAAAGCAACAAAUCUUGGACUUCUAUUGACAGGAAGAGAUGGAAAUUUUAAUGGAGCUUUACAAGUGGUAAUCUAA